ACGGACUUUGAUCAUCAUGCUUCGCCUACUACUUCUUGCCGUGGCUUUGACCUCCGCCACUGGACAGCUAGAUUCUCGGACCAUCAUGCAGUAUCUGCAGGACGAAAAUAUGAACACUCUGACAGCAUACCUGACCGCCACUGGCUUGGACAAACUGUUGGCGGACCCAGGUUCAACUGCUGUGACACUUUUCGCGCCCACUGACCAGGCUUGGAACAAACUCCCCAGUAACAUUGUGUUUUCUCUGUCAACAAACACCACACUGCUAAAGAAAGUCUUGAUGGACCACGUGGUGAAUCAGGUUGUAUUGAGCCAGUAUGUUCGCGAUCAAGACGCAAAGACCAACCUGAACGGAGGUGCUAUGGUGUUCCGAGUCUACCCUAACGGGGUACGUUAUGUAGGUUAA